AUAUGACAAUUUCUCCUAAAGGUUCCUCUUUAUAAAAGUUUCUUGUUUGUAGUUCCUCUUUAGUCAUAUUCCUCUUCCUUAAAGCUCUCAUUUGCCCUUUAUCAGUCGAUGUUGUGAAAAACAAAUAAGCUUCCGCCAUGUUCUCCCCAUGCUUCGUUUUCGGGAGCCUCUUGGCUGCGGCUUUCGUCACCCUGGCUGCCACAGACACAUGUCCAUCUGCGGGCCACCCAGGGCUACCAGGGAUUCCGGGAUUCCCGGGACGGGACGGCAGAAAAGGAGAGAUGGGACAAAAGGGGAAACCAGGUAUGACUGUUAACUCAGACCUAAUGGCAGCAAAGGGGGACAAAGGGGAAGCGGGAGCCAAAGGACAGCCUGGGAAGAUUGGACCCAGUGGACCACAGGGCUUGCCGGGCGUCCCUGGCCUAAUGGGACAACUGGGAGACAGGGGAGAGUCCGGUGUCCAAGACAGCACCCUGCAGUCUGCCUUUAGCAUGACCAGGCGCACCUAUGAACACCCAGUUCGAAAUAGCCCAGUGCGCUUUGACACAGAGAUUACCAACAUCAACAAACAUUUCAACGUAACCACCGGAAAGUUUACCUGUCACAUAGCUGGUUCGUAUUACUUUGUCUACCACACCUCGGCUCGCUCGUCCCUAUGUGUCCUGCUAAAGAAAGAUGAGGAGCUUCUAGCGAGCUUCUGCGAUCAUUCAUACAACCCCUUCCAGGUGAGCUCUGGUGGCCUCGUGGUGUAUCUCAGGACAGGCGAAUCAGUGUGGCUGGAGACGAACGAAUAUAACGGCUUAACUGGCACUGCAGGAAAGCAAAGUGUCUUCUCUGGGUUCCUGCUAUACCCACACUGAAAAUAGUUGACGUAGAUCUACUGGGGGACAUGCUUUUAAAUAACCCAAGUGCUUUAAUUCAACUGGACCAUCUAUAUUAGUGAGAAUCCAGAAGCCAAGUAACUUAUAUCGUGUGAUUUGCUUUGUACCUUUAAUGAUUUUUAGGUGACUAUGGAAAUACCUCUAUCCAUAAAAAAUAAAGCCUUGAGACCCAUUUAUUUUUGA